AUGGAGGGCGUUAAAACUUCGGAGGAUCUCGCAAAUAACAAUCCUGAUAAAGUGUCAUUUAAAGAGGUGGUUUCUAAUUCCACGCAAUGGUUUUCAGAAGCAAAGGCAAUAUAUCUCAAUUAUAUGGAUUGGGAUGAACCUGAAAUUGAAUCUCCAAAUGGAGAAAAUGUUGUUCUCUUCUCAAAGGAGAAAUUAACACAACUUCGUCAACCAUGGGGGCUAAAAUUAAUGGGAAAAUGCUUGGGUAUCACUGUGCGACCAUCUUUUAUGACUCAAAAAGUUCGUUCCAUGUGGAAACCCCGUGGCACAAUUGAGGUUAUUGAUUUAGGGAAGGAAACUUAUCUGUUUAGAUUCAGUUUAAGCGAUGAUUAUGAAAAAGCUUUAUUUGGGGGGCCAUGGUAUGUGUUGAAUCAUUACUUGAUGUUGAAUCAAUGGCAACCAAACUUCAGACUAACUCAAAACCCGUUUGAUAGGCUUGUUAUUUGGGUUCAUAUUCCGGAAUUGCCUGUGGAAUACUAUGAUAAGGAGGCUUUAUUCAUAAUAGCAAGCAAAUUAGGAAAGCCAAUUGGUGUAGAUUAUGCCACCAAUCACCUUACUAGAGCCCGAUAUGCGAGAAUAAUUUUAUAUGAAAACCUCCAUUCCUUGUGCUUCCAUUGCGGGCGAAUUGGGCAUCUGAAAGGACAAUGUGCUGGCCUGAAAGGAAAAGCUCCUGUUGAACAACAUGCUCAUGCAGACUCUAACAAGAUGGAUGGGCCAGAUGUCAACCAAUUGGGCUCUCCUCAACUGAGAGAUCGAGGUGUUUCUACCAUAAAUAACAUGGGGAGGACAAAUCUUCGAAAUGGUCAGAAGAGGCAAAAUGGGUUUAACACUCUUGUUAGUCCACUGGAUUUUGAUAAUGUGAUGGUUUAG